ACACGUUUCUCUAGAAGGGAAGAACGAAUAAUUAAAGCUUCAACCUAAAUCUAUUUCAUACAAGUUUUUAUAUUCAGACUUUCGAUACAUAACGAUCAAGAUUGCAGACAUUACUUCAAAAAAGAAUAUAACUACGUCAUACACAUGUUUAUCGAUGUCUUUAAAUUCUGCUAAGUCGCUGGUGUUCCUGACUGAUUCAGGCAACCCAUUCCAUUCUCUAAUGACACGAACGAAUUUCUCCUAGCGAAGCAUUAAAAGCCGGAAUGGUUCAGUGUCUACAUAUUAGGAUUGCCACGUGGAAAGUCUGGUUCCUACCCUUCCUCUGCGUUUCUUCUACAGACUUUCGAUCAGACUGCCCAACAAACUGGUUUGGACCAAACUGCCAAUUCAAAUGCCAUUGCAACAAUGGCUGUUCUCUGACUGGGGAGUGUACGACUGACGACGUGUGCGAAGGCGGAUACUUCGGCUACCACUGCCAGUACCGUGACCUUGCAAAAGAAUUAGAUCAAACGGCCCCAGAACUCACAGACAAUGAAGACACUACAUGCCUUAACGAUAACCCGCAGUCCGUCUCGAUGCAGAUGCUGCCUGGACCAUUUUCCUUUUUUAGAGUUGUUGUGAACAAAGCAAGAGCAGAGGCUGUGGAUCUGAUCACUUUUGAACUUCUGAAUUUUAAUACAAAAGUUACGUGUGAAGAUGGUAGUUACUCCUAUAAAACAGAGUUAUUCAUCAAAUACUUCUACUGUAUGACCGCAACGAGUGUCACCCACUUGGUGCUUUCUGGAAACGGAGUUCCAUAUCUCUGCACAGUCAACAUUGGCGGGGGUCGUAACCUCGCUUUGAAAGGCGCCUUCAAAUAUUCAUCCAUCUUUGAGGAAGGUAUCAAUGUGGCUGGCGGAGUCGACGGCGAGUAUCCUAGAAACGGAAUUUUUGAAAACUCGAUGUGUUUUCAGGCCAAUAUGUCGCAGGAAUAUUCUUUCUAUCAAGUCAAUUUUCAAGUUCCCGUACUGAUCGACUACUUUUUGCUCAUCAACAGACCAGAACCACAAUUUCUGAUGAGAAUGAAGAAUUUUGAGCUGAUCAGCAUUGAUGACAUGAACCAAACUCUCAUGCGUUUUGUAGAGGACGAUCCAGCGUUUUCCAACUCGAUUGUGUACAAAGUUGCCCACACCAGCAACCAGAUUCCACUUCUAUCUUUCAGAGUCCAGAAACAUAGGCUAAAUCUAAUGGACGUCCUUCAGUUUUGCGAAGUGGAGGCAUAUGGAGAUUGUCCCGAGGUCAUGGUAGGCUUGGACUGUGCUGAUCUUUGCAAUUUCAAAUGCGUAGACCAGAGAUGCGAAACUUCAGGAAGAUGUGUUCAGUGUCACGCAGGUUUCUAUGGAGAACAUUGCGAUUUAGAAUGUCUACAUUGUGCAAGUCGGAACUGCACACGAAGAGAGGGCUACUGUAUUGAUGGUUGUCUUCAAGGCUAUCAUGACUCGAACUGCACCACUGUAUGUGACAAGGGGACUUACGGAUUAAACUGCAGCAUGAAAUGUGGCGACGACUGCCCAACUAGCUGUUCCCCAGAUACUGGUGUCUGUUUAAAUUGCCCGAAAGGAAAAUUUGGCUCAAAAUGUAAUUAUGAUUGCAGCCCUAAUUGUGGUGGCAGCGGCGCUUGUGAAGCAACCUACGGAUAUUGUACUGAAGGCUGCGAAGAAGGAUAUUAUGACUACGGCUGUACCGAAGAAUGUAGCAUGCAUUGCAAACCGCCAUGUUCUCAGUCUGAUGGUUCCUGUCCUAAUGGUUGUCUCCAUGGCUACACUGGUACUCGCUGCACAGUAGUCUGUCCUCCUUUCUGUGGCGGAAACAAAAGCUGUGAUCUGACUACAGCACAUUGUGCAGACGGUUGUAUGAAAGGCUAUUGGGAUCCGAUCUGCAGCAGUACGUGUUACAAUUGUGUAGAGGACACAUGCGACCAGUAUACGUCCCUAUGUACUAUCGGAUGUAAGGCAGGUUUCACAGGGAGCAACUGCUCAUCAGCCAUGUAUUCUACAAUGAGUGAUGCUGAAGGGAACGUCCAUAUCUUCCUAUCCUUGGGUAUCAUCAUCAUAGUGCUCACCCUAAGUCUAGGGCUCCUUUGCAGGAAAAAGGAACCAAAUUUUCCACCCAUCAGUGAAUUUUGACAAGAAAAACUUAUUUUUGUUUUGUUGUUUUAUGUAUCUCAUCAAAUUUGUGUACUGUCUGGUUUUGUUUUUGUUGAA